CUCCCACCCCCUCGCCUGCCCCCACCCUCCUUCCCUUUCUCUCGCUCUCUCGGCGAGAGCGGCGUGCUUCUUCUCGCAGGUGGCGGCCGGCAGCGCCAUGCGACCUCCUGUUCCUCCUGCUCCUCGCCUUCCUCUCCGGCGCUAAGUCAAUGCCAUGCUGCCGCUGCUCCUGCCGGCGCUGCUGGCCGCCUGCCUGCCGCCCUGCCAGGGCUGGAGCCCCUCGGCGGCCGCCGGCGGGCAGGAGGAGCAGGAGCUCUUCUCGCCGCCUGCCAACUCCUCCUCCCGCUCCCCGGCCGGCCUCGAGAUGGACCUCGACGGGGCAGCGAGCAAGGAGGACGGCGGCACCGCCAGCCCGGGCACGCCGGCGACCCCCAGCCGAGAGCCGUCCCCUUCUGCCCCCACCUCCUCGGGGCAGCAGCAACAGCAGCAGCCGCGGCUCCAGCAGCCUCAGCUCGCCGAGGACCCGCACUGCAAUAUCAGCGUGCAGCGGCAGAUGCUGAGCUCGCUGCUGGUGCGCUGGAGCCGCCCGCUGGGCAUCCAGUGCGACCUGCUGCUCUUCUCCACCAACAGCCACGGGCGGGCCUUCUUCUCCGCCGCCUUCCACCGCGUGGGGCCGCCGCUGGUCAUCGACCACCUGGGGCUGGCGGCCGGCGGCGCCCAGCAGGACUUGCGGCUGUGCGUGGGCUGCAGCUGGGUGCGGGGCCGCCGCGUCGGGCGGCUGCGGGGCUCGGCGCCCCAAGCGCAGCCUCAGCCCCAGCCCGCCGCCUCCUCGCUGUCCUACCCGCCGGCGGCCGAGCCCGGCCAGUACUGGCUGCAGGGGGAGCCGCUCAAUUUCUGUUGCUUGGAUUUCAGCCUGGAGGAGCUGAAGGGCGAGCCGGGCUGGCGGAUGAACCGUAAGCCCAUCGAGUCCACGCUGGUGGCGUGUUUCAUGACUCUGGUCAUCAUCGUGUGGAGCGUGGCCGCCCUCAUCUGGCCGGUGCCCAUCAUCGCCGGCUUCCUGCCCAACGGCAUGGAGCAGCGCCGCAGCGCCGGCACGGCCGCGGCCGCCAGCAAGUAGCCAUCCCGGGACCCCCAUCGUUCGUCGUGUGCUGUGAGGGACGCGGGCGGGCCGGGCUGUGCGCGCUGCCCCUCCUGCCGCGUUUGUUCUCGUGUGUGAAGCGUGUGAAGGUGCGCUGCGCGACCGGCCGCCGCAGGGGAUCCGCUGCCCCGCGCCCCCUUCGGCCCCGCCGCCGCCACGACCGCAUCCUGUGUGCUCGUUUUGUACCUUUAAUAACCGUUUUAAAACGACUUUUUAGAAAAAAAGAAAGAAAAAAAAAAAAAAAAAAAGCGUUCCCCUCCAAAAUCUACGCGGAAAAUAAAAGACCCUCCCGUUCAACCGCAUUUUCUGUAGUCGGCGGUUUUUCUUUGUGUGUAUGAGCGCAGUCUGAGCGGGUCUUCUCGUUACUUACAGCAAGGGACGUCUCCUGUUGGCGGGUCUAGAACUGAAGCAGUGUGUCUGUUGUUAUUGCUGAAGUUGAACGAGCCUUUUCCACUGUAUUUCCCUGCUGAAGUAGUGUGUGUUUAUUAUCGUUAUCUCCACGUUAUUUGGCUUUUAAUACAGAGGUUUCUUUCAAGAACCUCCUAAGACUUUUGUGAGUCUGUUUCCACCAGGAUGGAUGUGAGAGUUAAGCCAACCUGUAUCCAACCUGUCCUCAAAGCUCAUCUUUCCCCGUGAGAAGCUGUUAAUGGGGUUGGUGGUGAAAAGGGGAGCUGUAAGCCCUUUCUGAGUGGUGUUUGUCGCAUCUUUGCAGUACGUUAAGGUCGUAUAGCUACGUCAGGGUGAGGUGGGAUGGAGAACAUGUCUGUUCUGGAGGUCCUCCAAGGGUAUUUGCUUGGCUCGGCUCAAGCGCUAUGGCUUUCUCACCAGUUAGAGGUUGGGUGGUUUUGGUCCUGGGAAGAUCAUUGUAAGGUCUUUGAGACAUUCUACAAGCAGCACAGUGGUGAAUCUCAUCACCUCCACCAAGUGCAUUCCACAACAGCAGCUCAGACCCAGUGCAUGUGCUGAAGGGAUUGUGAUGUGGUGCUUCUUUCUCAGCUCCAAUUCUAUAAGGUUGCUCACGGAAAGUCUGUGGGGUGGAGAAUGAAGAGAAACCACGGGUUCACAGCUAGAUUGUGCAAGCGUGUAAGAAAGAAAGGUUUGCAAGAUUUCUUCUUCCCUAUCCAAGCAGGCAGUUGCAUAGUGUGAAGUGUCGCUUGGUGCAUGCUUGGAAUUCUUCAGCCUUACCAGAGGUUGUUUCACUUGCCUUAGACACAAUUAGUCCAGCUGAAGUUUCUGCAAUCAAUAUAUAAGCUAAAUGAGAGGGACUUGCGAUAGGAAUUCUCCUUCCUUUGUCAACAUCAGUGUCUUUAAUUUGUUGGAAACAUACAAACUCACUCGGAGGCUAAUCUGGUAUAUUUGUAAUGCUUCCUUCCCCACGGUCUGGUGGAAAUGACUGGAUGAAAAACCUGGAAGGAUUGAAUUUUUAGGAUUCUCUUGAUCAAGGACGUUUUUUUCCUAUAUUUUUUAAUUGAGAACAAAAUAACAAAAAUGCAUGCUCCGUGUUUGCGAUAUCUGGAGGAAAAUGCAGAUAAAAAACAGAUUGAUAAACUGCCUAAAUAAAUGAAAUCAAGAUUUUAAAAUCUUCCAUGUCACUGUGCUACCUCAACAUCCACCAUUUCUCUGGUUGAUUGCAUGUCCCUGGAGUAAAUGUAGCCACGGGGUUGUUUGGGAAGCAGAGGGUCUGCUUGCCACGAGAAGUUUGCUUUUGGCCUGUUGAAGCGAAGGGCACAUUGCACUGUGUUCUGUCUGCAUCUGAGAUGAGAUGCACAGAAAUGCAUCUUGCUGGAGUGCGAUUAUUUGCCUGCAAUGACCUGUGUGAGAUACAAGCCUUUUCAUAAUGAAAGGCAAGGCUACCGAGAGAAUCAGGUCGUGUUAAACACCUUCCCAAAAGAUAAACGCUCUGCAUACUCAAUAACUAUUGGAAACGUGGCCGUGACAGAAAAGCAUUUCGUGUUAAUGAGGUGCAUUUAGUCGGAGUUAACAACUCCUGCUGAAGUUGUGCUGUGGUGCAUAGUACUCAAGGUUAUAAUCUCUUCCUGCUUAUCCUGGUU